AAGAUCUUCGGGAACAAGGAGAUGCGGAUCCUGAUGCUGGGUCUGGACGCGGCCGGUAAGACGACGAUCCUGUACAAACUGAAGCUGGGCCAGUCGGUGACCACGAUCCCCACGGUGGGGUUCAACGUGGAGACGGUGACUUACAAAAACGUCAAGUUCAACGUGUGGGAUGUGGGGGGUCAGGACAAGAUCCGACCGCUCUGGAGGCACUACUACACGGGCACGCAAGGGCUCAUCUUCGUGGUGGACUGCGCCGACCGCGACCGCAUCGACGAGGCGCGGCAGGAGCUGCACCGCAUCAUCAACGACCGGGAGAUGCGGGACGCCAUCAUCCUCAUCUUCGCCAACAAGCAGGACCUGCCCGAUGCCAUGAAACCCCAUGAAAUCCAGGAGAAACUGGGCCUGACCCGGAUCAGGGAUAGGAAUUGGUAUGUGCAGCCCUCCUGUGCCACGACAGGGGAUGGACUCUACGAAGGGCUGACGUGGUUAACAUCCAAUUAUAAAUCCUAAUGAGAGAGGAACUAUUUAGUCUACAAAGAAUUGAAAGAAAUAAAACACACAAACACACACACAAAAAAA